UGCUCAGAGCUCCAUCCAGCCUGGCCCUGAGCACUUCCAGGGAUGGGGAAAUAGCUGAGGAUUAAAGAUAAGGAUUCACUGCCUUGUCCCCAAAGUGUCAAAGCUUAUGCCAGGAAAAGGAAGAUAGGAAUAGUGAUUCUUUACAUAAAUAACUGGACUGUUGAUUGUGCAUCUGCUCUUAUAUUGUGAACAGAUGCUCUAGAUUUCAUUCAGCAUGCGUACAGAAAGUGAUAAAGCAAGAAAGAACUUGGUGUAAAUUUUAAAUGGGUUAUUUGAAGGUGAAAAUGGGAGUGUGACUGACUCCUACUGAGCAUUUAUUCACGUCACUCUUCAUUUAAAACAUUAUUUAUUUAUCUCUUUAAUGCAGCACACUGAUAAGAUUGCACAGCUUGUGAUCCUACUCUGUCAUUCGAGUUCAGCAUCAGCUGCCUUUUUCUGGUCCUUGCAAGAUGCCAGCAGCCCUUGCAGAGAACAGCCAGGUGAUCUGUGAAGUAUGGGCCAACAACCUGGAGGAAGAGAUGAGGAAGAUCCGGGAGAUUGUUCUGAGUUACAGCUACAUUGCCAUGGACACGGAGUUCCCCGGAGUUGUUGUCAGGCCGAUCGGUGAAUUCCGCAGCUCCAUAGAUUAUCAGUACCAGCUCCUCCGCUGUAACGUUGACCUGCUGAAAAUUAUCCAGCUGGGCCUGACUUUCACAAAUGAGAAGGGGGAAUAUCCUUCUGGCAUCAACACCUGGCAGUUCAACUUCAAAUUCAACCUUACGGAAGACAUGUACUCUCAGGAUUCCAUAGACCUCCUUGCCAGCUCUGGACUGCAGUUCCAGAAGCAUGAAGAAGAAGGGAUUGAUACUCUGCAUUUUGCUGAAUUGCUGAUGACAUCUGGGGUUGUCCUCAGUGACAGUGUGAAAUGGCUGUCCUUCCACAGUGGUUAUGACUUUGGCUACAUGGUGAAGUUGUUGACAGAUUCCAGGUUGCCAGAAGAGGAACAUGAAUUUUUCCAUAUCUUAAACCUUUUCUUCCCAUCUAUCUAUGAUGUGAAGUACUUAAUGAAGAGCUGCAAAAACCUCAAGGGUGGCCUUCAGGAAGUAGCAGAUCAGCUGGAUUUGCAGCGAAUUGGACGACAGCACCAGGCAGGAUCAGACUCUCUUCUCACAGGAAUGGCAUUUUUCAGAAUGAAAGAGCUAUUUUUUGAGGAUACAAUUGAUGAUGCAAAGUAUUGUGGACGACUGUAUGGCCUCGGCACAGGAGUGGCUCAGAAACAAAAUGAAGAUGUGGACUCAGCCCAAGAGAAAAUGAGCAUUUUGGCCAUUAUCAACAACAUGCAGCCGUGAUGAGCGGUGCCCCUCAGAACAUGUUUACCAUAUUGGCAGCUGCUGUCCUCAACCCUUUUCCCUAAACAGUAUCUCAAACAAAAAGCAUCUCCAGUACACAGGCUGCACCAAGCCUUGCAGUUUUGCUGAAGAGCUGCAUUUUCCUUUGAAACACAGAAGAGUUGACUGAAUUCCUAAUGCCAGCAUUUGUGGUUUGCCAUAUUUUUAAUACCAAGGGCAAAGGACAGAAUCUACUGUGUAUACCUCUGUUUUUUUCCUCUUUAUACUGUACAGAAUCUGCAAGGAAGAUUUACCAGUAGAAAAUACUGGGUAGAACUAAGGGUUGGGAAAUGCAGUGAAAAUGGACACAGACAUGCACGUGAAUACGUUUGUGUUUUAUAAAGCUUAUUUUAAAACUUCUGCAUGUUGUGAGGGUGACAGCUUCACCUCAUGUGUUGCUUAUUUUAUCUCUGUCUGUGGAAAUUGCUCCCUUUGAUCACUGCAGAGGUUUGGGAACGGAUGAAAUUAAAAUGAUCCUUGCAGCUAAAAA